AUGGAUAUCCAUCAUGAUGAGCUCAAUCAAUCCAGCCAAUGGCCAGACUUUGAUUUCCCAUUCCAACCCUAUGAUAUACAAGUGCAAUUUAUGAGAACUUUAUACACUGUAUUGCAAGAUAGAAAGAUUGGCAUUUUUGAAAGUCCAACUGGAACUGGGAAAUCAUUGAGUUUAAUCUGUGGCGCUAUAACUUGGUUAAAUGAUUUUAAUCGAAACAUCGAAGGCAGGAUUGAAUCAAGGUACUUAAAACUCGAUAUACAAUUGUCUGUAAUUUUAGAGCUCAGUUGGAUAACGGAAUAUGAUCAACAGAAAGCUGAUAGGGAACGAUUGCAAAUAGUUCAGAGUAUGAAACAAAAAUUAUUAGAUAGACAAUCUCGUUUGAAGAAUAUUAAGAAAAAUUUUUCAACAGUUAAAACGAAGGUAUGGAACGAUGCUGACCAACGAAGUACGAUUGAAUAUGAAGAUAAAUCUAAUAGUGGCUCUACAGAAGACUUGGACGACGAAGAUUUAUUAAUUUAUGAUUACCAUACUGAUGAGGAGGAAGAAACAAAACUAGAUAAUGGCGCUUCUGAGGAAGAAGAAGAUGGAAAGAUUGCCGAUGACGAUCCUGAAAUUACAAAAAUUUACUACUGCAGUCGUACUCAUUCACAGCUAGCUCAAUUUAUUGGUGAAGUAAAAAAAUGCAAUUUUGCAGAUAGUAUUCGCCUUGUUGUUCUUGGAUCUCGACAAAAUUUGUGUAUUAAUCCUUCAGUUGUUAAGCUAAAAUCUGUGAAUAAAAUUAAUGAUAAAUGCCUUGAAAUGCAAAAACGAAAGAAGGAAGAAAAAGUAACUGUGGCUCAUAAAGAUAGCAAUAAAAAAAGAAAAAUUUCAAAAUUAUCUGGAUGUCCUUACUUAAAUAUAGCCAGUCGGAACGAUCUGCGCGAUUAUAUUUUGGCUGAUAUUCACGAUAUUGAAGAGGUGGUUCAUUUUGGUACAUCUUUAAAAGCAUGCCCUUAUUACGGAGCAAGAGCAGCAUUAUCGCAAGCUGAUAUUGUUGUAACGCCAUACAACACAUUACUUAGUAAAUCGACUCGUGAUGCUUGCGGCAUUAAGCUAGCCGGUAAUGUUGUGAUCGUUGACGAAGCGCACAAUCUAUUAGAGACCAUUGGCAACAUAAACAGCGUUGAGUUAUCUCAUCGGCAGUUAACAGAAGCUAUGCACCUGCUACAAUGUUAUCAAGAUCGCUAUAAGAAAAGACUAAGUGCAAGAAAUUUGGUAUUUAUUAAGCAGCUGAUAUACCUAUUGAAAUGUAUCGUUGGUAUAUUUACUAAUACGAAUAAUAAAACUUCACCCGAGAAAGAGACGAGUGUCUACCGAAGCAAUGACUUCUUACUCUCACUUAACGUUGAUAAUUUGAACUUAUUUAAGAUUUUAAGAUACUGCAAGCGCACUUCAAUUUCCAAAAAGCUUAAUGGAUUUAUGGAGAGAUACAAAUCAACAGUACAAGUAUCGACUAGGUCGGAAAGUACAGAGCAUGGCGAAAAUGAUAGCAUCUAUGAUAGUUAUAUGGCUGCAUUUCAAAACAUAGAAAAUUUCUUAGAGCUCUUGACAAAUCCUAAUCAAGAUGGCAGAGUUGUAGUCAAUCAUCAAGCAAUGCAAAGUCAGUCGACUGUGAAAUACCUGCUUUUAAAUCCAGCAAGUUACUUUGCUGAGAUAAUUAAUGACUGUAGGGCAGUCAUUAUCGCUGGUGGUACUAUGCAACCGGUAAAUGAUUUAAGACAUCGAUUGUUCUUUGCUUGUGGGGUUGAGUCUAGCAGAAUAACCGAAUUUACAUGCGGGCAUGUUAUUGCACCGGACCGAAUAUUACCUUUCUCGUUGUCUAAAGGGCCUUCAGGCUUAGAGUUGGAUUUCUCAUUUCAGUCAAGAGAGCUUAACACAAUGAUUGACGAAUUUGGAAGAAUUUUACUUAAUUUUGUGAAUGUUAUACCUGGCGGUAUGGUAUGUUUCUUUGCCUCUUAUGAUUACGAAACGAUUGUUUAUACCCGAUUAGAGAAAACUGGAAUACUAGAAAAAAUUGGGAGAAAGAAAAAAGUUUAUAGAGAGCCUCGAAAAUCAGCUAAAGUCGAACAAGUAUUAUCUGAUUAUGCUCGAUGCAUUCAGUUAAGCGACAAAAAAUUGGGAAGUACUAGCUUGAAUGGAGCCGUACUAUUUAGUGUUGUUGGAGGCAAAAUGAGCGAGGGAAUAAAUUUUUCCGAUGGUUUAGGAAGGCUAUGUAUAUUAAUUAUUAUUAUUAAUACGACACAACUCUUUCUUAGGUGCGUUAUCAUGGUUGGCUUGCCAUAUCCCAAUAGCAAGUCUCCAGAACUGAUUGAAAAAAUGGAGUAUUUAGAUUCUUUAUCGAGUGUCUCUUCACCCGAUUCAUCGAAGACCCUUGGGCAGAUGUAUUACGAAAAUAUCUGUUUAAAAGCGGUGAACCAAUCUAUUGGGCGUGCAAUUCGACACAUCAAUGAUUAUGCAGCUAUCGUUCUGCUCGAUUAUCGUUAUAAACGAUCGAGUAUCCGGUCUGGACUAGCAUCAUGGAUAAAUGAGCGUUUGAUUGAAUACGACCGUUUCGGUGCAGCUUUCGCGUCUACUCGUAAGGUAUUAUUCUCUUUAGUAAAUUGUAUUCCUCCUGCUGUGCACUUCUGCAGGGUAAACGUAGUUAUAGCUCUAGUUGAAUAA